CACAGUCUAAGUAUCACGCUAUUAUAUAGAAUAUUCCUCAGUUCAGGACCUAGGUAUAUUCCCUUUUAUAUUACAUGUAAUCCAUUCAUUUAUCUAUGUUUCUUUUACUUUACAAAGUUGUUAAAACACCAUGCCCAUUCAUUUGGCUAUGCAGUAAAGCAUAUUAUCUUGGGCUCCGAUAAUACGGUAAUUACAACCGAGGUACAAAGUCAUUAGCCUACCUAGGCAUUGUAUUUUAUCUUUAUAUAUAAACAUAUAUUGACAGUUUGGCAUUUAUUACACUUAUCAACUGUGCCUCCAAGAUGUCCGCAUCCUCUCAGAAAGAUGCCAAAACCCCUAUAAUAAACCUGAUGAAAGCAUUGAAACCUUUCAAAGGUAUCGAAAGAGUUGAGGCCUUUUUAAAAUUGGCAUCAGAAUCUUACCAAGACCCCCAAAACCACGAAUGGAUGACAACCAUAACACCCCAUCUCAAAAUCCAUUCCCACUCUCCCUCUCCCCCAACCCCGAGUGUAACUUUCCUCUUGACCGUCCUACCUAUCCACGCCAAUGGGUUGAAUAACAUGCACGGAGGUUGCACAUCCACGAUCUUCGACUCCUGCACCUCACUCGCGCUCCACUUAAUCGCUAAACCAGGGUUCUGGGAGCACAUGGGCGUAAGCCGGAGCUUGAACGUCACAUACCUCCGCCCGAUCCCGGUAGGCACUACUAUCACCAUCAAAUGCGAGGUUCUGGCCGCAGGUCGCAAUCAAAGCGCGUUGCGCGGGGAAAUGCGCGCUGUGGGUGAGGACGGGAGAGAGGGCCCGUUGUUGGCGGUUUGCGAUCAUGGGAAGGUGAAUACGGAUCCGCCUGUUGAGAAAUUAUGAGGGAAAGAUGAGGGGAUUGAAGGGCGUAGGGCGGGUGGUCGCGAGCACUACCUACCUACCUACCACUCGGUGGCUACUUUAGGUAAAGUAGCGGUAGGUAGUGGCGAGUUCGGGGGACAUUGUCGCGAGGUUAUCGCGGCUGAUGAUCGAGAUAUGAGAUAUAACGAUUCCUAGAAAUUAGACCUGCCGCGCCGUGCGGCGCGAAUAGACACGUGGGUGGUGUCCCUUUCGGGAGCCUGGUUGGGGAACCAUGUUCAAACAAUCCUUUUUAGGGAGACGGGAGGAUUCAUGGGGC